AUGUCCGCUGCAAUCAUCGGCUCAACCGGCCUCGUCGGAUCUCACAUUCUCUCCAAUAUUCUCGCCGACGAGGCCUACAAGCCUGUCCACACCAUCACUCGUCGCGCUCCAAAGGAGACCUCGCCCAAUCUCAAUUCCAUCGUCGAUACCGACACUACGAAAUGGGCAGCCGCGCUAUCCGGCCUAUCACCUGCCCCAACGGCCGUCUUCUCUGCCCUGGGUACCACUCGCGCCCAAGCUGGUGGCCUCGCCAACCAGUGGAAGAUUGAUCAUGACCUCAAUAUUGAGCUGGCCAAAGCAGCCAAGGAAGCAGGCGUAAAGACAUUUGUUUUCAUUUCUAGUGCAGGCUCGCAUGGUAUGAUGUCCGGCCUGGCUCCCUAUAGCAAGAUGAAGGCAGGGGUGGAGAAUUCCGUAAAGGAGCUUGGUUUCGACCAUGCGAUUAUACUACGACCUGGCAUGAUUUUGGGAGAGCGCGAGAGCAGUCGUGCCGCUGAGGGCGUUGCUCAAACCGCCGUUAAAGGGUUGGGGAAGAUUUACAAGGGCUUUCAGAAUGCACUGGGCCAGGACGCUAAUUCUAUCGCGAGAGCUGCUAUCAAGGCCGCCCAGAUGGCAGACGAUGGCAAGGCCCCAGAUAAGUUUUGGGUCAUUGGUGGACAUGAGAUUUUGAAGUUGGGAGAAGGAGAAAAGCAGGAGGCAAAGCAGGAGGCAAAGCAGGAGGCAAAGCAGGAGGCAAAACAGGAGGCAAAGCAGGAGACGCAGCAGGAGACGCAGCAGGAGACGCAGCAGGAGACGCAGCAGGAAGCGAAGCAGGAAACGAAGCCAGCUGAAUAA